AUGCCCAAAAUGCUCCCUGUGGUUUCCCGUGCGCUAAGGGGCGCCUGCCCGAAACCGACUGGAAGAGCGCCGCUGGUAGCCCGUAACUUUGUCAACGAAGCUUCCUUUGAUAUUAGGAAAUGCGACCUUCACCGGCUGGAGGAGGGCCCUCCAAUCAGCACGGUUCUCACUAGGGAGGAUGGACUCAAGUACUACAAGACCAUGCAGACCAUCCGUCGGAUGGAAAUGAAAGCUGACCAGCUGUACAAGCAAAAGGUCAUCCGCGGUUUCUGCCACUUGUACGACGGCCAGGAGGCUUGUUGCAUGGGCAUUGAGGCCGCUAUUAGGCGCACAGAUCACGUGAUCACAGCCUAUCGAGCUCAUGGCUUCUGCUUUACUCGGGGGCUUUCCUUGAGAGAAAUUAUGGCAGAGUUAACUGGGCGCAAAGGAGGCUGCGCCAAAGGCAAGGGAGGCUCGAUGCACAUGUACGGCAAGAACUUCUACGGGGGCAACGGCAUUGUGGGAGCCCAGGUACCCCUGGGAGCUGGGAUUGCCCUGGCCUGUAAAUACCAAGGAAACGAUGAGAUCUGUUUUGCUUUGUACGGAGAUGGGGCUGCCAAUCAGGGCCAAAUAUUUGAAACUUUCAACAUGGCAGCUUUGUGGAAAUUGCCCUGUGUUUUUGUUUGUGAGAAUAAUUUAUACGGAAUGGGAACUGCCGUAGAGAGAGCAGCAGCCAGCACUGACUAUUACAGAAGAGGAGAUUAUAUUCCAGGAGUACGGGUGGAUGGUAUGGAUGUUCUGUGUGUCCGAGAGGCAGCAAAAUUUGUAGCUGCCUACUGCAGAUCAGGAAAGGGCCCGAUAGUGAUGGAACUACAGACAUAUCGUUAUCACGGACACAGCAUGAGUGACCCUGGUAUCAGUUACCGUUCUCGGGAUGAAAUUAAGGAAGUCAGGAGUAAGAGUGAUCCUAUCAUGCAUCACAAAGAGAGGAUGGUGACCAGCAACCUUUCCAGCAUUGAAGAAUUAAAGGAAAUUGAUAACGAAGUAAGGAAAGAGAUCGAGGAUGCCGCCCAGUUUGCCACAGCUGAUCCAGAGCCACCAUUGGAAGAAUUAGGCCAUCAUAUCUACUCCGGACAUCCACCUUUUGAAGUUCGUGGUGUGAAUCAAUGGAUAAAGUACAAGUCUGUCAGCUAA